UCAUAAAUUCGUUCGGCAAAGAUCGUCGUGAAUUCGCUUAGACGAUCGGCGAGGAGAAACAUCAAGACCACAGCAUACAAACUGGACUCAGAAAAGUAAACAACCUCAGCCAUAAAGGUGACAUAGUCUCACCCACGUGAGGACAUACACCUAUUAUAAUCGUGGAAGCUACCAAGGAUUCAUUACUAUGAUUAUGGACGGGUUGGAAACUCUUUCGCAGGUGGCACUGGAGGAGCAGAGCCUGGGUGAAAUAAGCUUCGAUAGCUACCACCCUGCUUCUAUAACUUCAACACCUAACGCCACAAAUAUAGAUGCAUUCGGGGAUGACAACCUUAACACACCGGUGACAGCCAGUUCGGAUGUAUUUCCAUUUACUGGAGAGGGAUUUAACGUGGAGCCUGUACCGAUCACUGGCACUGCUUCAAUAGAAGCAGUGAUCAGUAUUCCUCAAGCCGAUAAGGUGCAGCAGUUCUCGACCACCGUCGCUAGCCUGCCGCCCAUGUCUAAUACCACGAAGAUAUCCUACAAGGGCACUUUCACCACAACUGCCACGCCCACAUCAACUGGCAGUGCCCCGAACAUGUCAGGAUACCCAUCUGGUAUUAGUAUCACACCGAUUAUCUGCAGUCUUUUCUCUCAUGGAAACCAGGGCCAACAACAACAGCAAUCAGACUACAGUCCACAACCAAACUACAGUGGCAUGAGUCGCUCUCAGCAGUCUCAGAGCUAUACCAACAAGGCCCAGUUCACCGCCCCAGGGUCUCCUCAAAGUUUCCAGAGACAUCAGUCCCAGCGUCAACAAUCUCAGCCACAGGAGGAGCAGAAUCGCACUUCACCCAAUUUUUCUACACCUUCCCCUGGACGACCCCAUACAAGCAGUCCCCAAAGCGGACAGUUCUCGCCCCAAUAUCCCAGCACCGCUAAUGCUAGCAGCCAUAUGACAAGGUCCUGUCCAGCUACACCUGAGCCUAGCUUUUCCCAGAGAAUUGGCAGUCCAGACAACUUCGCCACACUGCCACCCUAUUCAAGACAAUCAUCCUACGACUGUGUAGUUUCUUCGACAUACUCUUCACUUCCCAACUACCCAAUGAAACAGCCGCCAACUUACUCGAGCUGUACACAGCAAAACAGUGGACUAAGUAUGAACUUUCAACAAUCUUCACCUAAUGACAUCCAACAAUCCGUAAUUCAAGUUUCCGAAGAAAUGGUUGUUAGUAAUUUUAAUAAUAGCUGGUCCUCUGGAAUGAACACGACAGCUAACAUCCCAGCUUUUGAUCAACUUCAAGUUAGCUCAUCCCAAUUUCCUCAAAUCAAAACAGAGCCUUUGAAUGACUAUCCCAUGACUACGAUGGGGGAUUUCACGCCUUCGCCUCAACCUAUCCAGUCAUUCCCAUCUACAUCCAAAGCUGUGCUAGAACUUUUACAAAAUCCAUACCAACAAGGAGCUUUAAAACUGUACCCCGUCAAAGCAAGGAAGUACCCUAACAGGCCAAGCAAGACUCCACCCCAUGAGCGUCCCUAUGCCUGUCCCGUCGGUGGUUGUGACAGGCGGUUUUCUAGGAGUGACGAACUAACUAGGCAUAUUCGUAUUCACACUGGUCAAAAACCAUUCCAGUGUCGGAUAUGUAUGCGAUCCUUCAGUCGCAGUGAUCACCUUACGACUCACAUCAGAACACACACUGGUGAGAAGCCAUUCAGUUGCGACGUUUGUGGUAGAAAAUUCGCCCGCAGUGAUGAGAAAAAACGCCAUAGCAAAGUUCAUCAGAAACAGAAGGCUAAGAAGGAAGCGAAACUUUUGGCCACCAGUGCUCCACUGACUCCUAUCUCGGACUCUCAGCUUAGCUCAGAGAAUGCUAUCAGCAGUUCCAUUCCUUUGACUGUAACCACAGCUAACGCUUUAUAAACAGUAAAAUAAUCUGUCACUCAUAAGUCUGGGUGGAUAAAUUCAGCACUUAAUUUAAAGUCAAUUUUAUAAACUGAUUAUCAGCUAAAAGUCACUGAUCAUCUUCAGAUAUUCUAGAUGUUCAUUGUUAGUCAAUUCAGCAUGCCAUUAGCUUUUUAACUUGAUAUUUUAUUCAUAUAUGUAUAUACGUGUUGCAAUGUGCCACAAACAUGAUGUGUUUGUAAAAUCUAAUAUCAAAUAGUAAGUUACCUGAGGACCAUCCGAUUUCGUAGAAUGCCACGUAAGCUGUCUGUAUUGUUGUUAAACGACAUUUGGAUGACGGUAGUUAUAGGUGAUUUGCUGUUGUAAUUGAGUUUCUAAGCUGAGCUCUGAUCAUUUGGUAUGACGCAGAUGAAACCAAAUAGCGUGAGCUAGGCUUCAUUACAAUGAGAGGUCUAUACCGUCAAGUGGAGAAAAUCGGAAGGAUUUUAAUUACGAAUACAAAUUAUUUUUCUACUAUAUUGAAUAUGAUUUCUGUGCUCAAAAUGUCAGUGGUAUAUGUUUAUAUGUAAUUUGUCAUGGAGAUGUGAUAUUUUGUUAUGUCUUUUUAUACAUGUGUCUUGACUGCGCUGUAAAUUUUUCUUUGUUAAUGGUAAUAUAUAUAUUUUGCCAGUUGAAAUUUUAUUUUCGUUACAUGGAUUCAAUACCAAAGUUCUUGCUGGCAAAGAAUGGUGAUCUUGUACAGUGUUAUUUGUCAUUAAAUAUAUUUAACUAUAAUAAAGUUCCAAAAUGAU